UGUCGUCGCUCGUUCCGAUCGUCAUCGUCGUCGUCGUUCAAAAAAGGGGGUCCCACAAUCGUAACCGCGAUCGUCAUCAUCGUCAUCAUCAUCAUCGUGUCGUCGUCGUCAUCGUCGCGAGAUUCGUUCGGGGCCACAUUUAGGCCAGCUAUAAACCGAUACCAGAACGUUUUUCCAUUCAGUCAUCUCUCCAACUGCCGAAGCGUACUGAUCUCUCCUGGCCAUCAGAGCCCAGAGGACAUCAGCAAGUGCUGUGAAUUGUUUGUGUUGUGUUGUGGACUAUUUUGCAUUAGCCGGAAAACGGUGUGUGGUUUUUGAACCGCUGAAGAUUUUCGAAGAAUUACUGUAAUUUUAAGGAUGUCCGUGUUGCGAACACUGGUGCUGUUGGCCAUCGGUGCCACCGUGGUGCUGGCCCAACGACGACUUGCCCUGCCCGACCCAAGAAGUUGCGCUAACCGCGUGCGGCACGCCACGUACCGAGAUGCCCGUGGUGUAGCCCAUUCGUACUUCUUCAGUUGGGAGCAUAACCCAACCCGCAACCUGGAAGUGGACUGGCUUGAUGCCCGUAACAUCUGCCGUCGCCAUUGUAUGGACGCCGUCUCGAUGGAAACGCCCCAGGAGAACGAAUUCAUCAAGCAACGCAUUGCCCGCGGAAACGUCCGCUACAUCUGGACCUCCGGACGCAAGUGCAACUUUGCUGGAUGCGACCGCCCCGAUCUGCAGCCACCAAAUGAGAACGGAUGGUUCUGGUCUGGAUCGGGAGUCAAGAUCGGACCAACCACCCAGCGCAACACCGGAGACUGGAGCUACACCGGAGGAUACGGACAGCAACAACCCGAUAACCGUGAGGCAGCUCAGGGUAACGACGAAUCUUGCCUGUCGAUUCUGAACAACUUCUACAACGACGGUCUGAAGUGGCACGAUGUUGCCUGCCACCAUCUGAAGCCAUUCGUCUGCGAAGAUUCCGAUGAGCUGCUGAACUUCGUCCGCUCCCGUAAUCCAGGAAUCCGUCUAUAAAACUCCACUCCAAAUUCUCAACCAAACCCUUCGUAAACCCAGUGUUCCUCAAAACAUUCCCCAGUCCCACACUCUCCCAAAACGAGUGCGACGUGAGUCAAACUGAAGGCCUCACCUCGAUCGAAUUCGAGGAAAGGUCAUCCGGCUUUGGACCGUCAUGAUGCCUUCCAAGAGGAGACGCAUUCAGGCUUGACCCACAGCGACUCACUACAGCUUAAACAAAACAAGCUUUCGCUCAAAACACAGCCAGCGGAAGCGUCCACAAAUUGUACGUUAUACUUAUUGUGUUUUAUUAUUUAUUGUAAUGUAAUUAUGUUUUAAACGUGAAGGAAGACCAGUCGUGCGAGCUUUCUCUGUACAAAAGAACAGCGUUAGAGAAAGCAGAAAAAAGAAUGAAAAGUUCGAACAUGACCAAGAAGAUAUCAGUAUGAAGAAGUGAUGCUAGCCGUAGAGUUUGAGGUUAAAAAGAGCCAUUUUUUUAAAAGUAAUUUUGAAAUCCAUUUGUUUUUGUUUGUUGGUAGCAGUUCAUCAAAAUUCCGACUCAUUGUCUAUACUAGUGUCAACGAUUCAAAUUUUUGGUACAUUUGUAAGUUUUUGUUUUCUAUGCAGGAAAAUAAAAAGUACUAAAUCUGAAA